AUGCUUCCGUUCGUACUCUCCCUCUGUACCGACGCCGUCGUCUCCCUCGGACGUGUCUCCAAAUUCCUCACAGCAGAAGAACUCGCACCUCCCUAUCCCAUCCACACCGAAAACAAGUUUGCAGUGGACGUUGAUGGUGAUUUUACUUGGGAAGUAUCGGAUCCUGCACUGGCCAAGGGUGAGAAUCCACGGGACGCGAUCAAGGGCGUUGGCAAGGGAAAGGAGGUGGAUAAGAAAAAGGCCAAAGAGGCAAAGAAAGAGAAGAAAGCUCAAGAGGCCAAGGAGAAGAAGGCGAAAAAGGAGAAUGGGGGUUCGAGUGGGGAAGGAACGUCGGGAGAGCCGAGUCCGGGAGCGACGAUCAUUCAAGAUCCGAGCGAGGAUGAUAAAGUGUUCAAGUUACGGAAUAUUGAUAUGAAGAUUCACAAGGGGCAAUUCGUCGCGCUCGUUGGGAGGAUCGGGUCUGGCAAGAGUUCCUGCUUUAAUGCCAUUAUUGGCGAGAUGAGAAAGAUGAGAGGCGAGCUUGUAAGUCGUGAGAUGGGGACAUGGAGGAAUACUCAUCGCUUGGUAGAUACACCUCAAAAUCCUUGGUUAGCUAAUGCUACUGUUCGUGACAACAUCUUGUUUGGAAACCCAUACGACGAAGAGAGGCAGGUCAUCUUCAAUAUAGCAAUAUUCUUGGAGCUCAUCGCCUUUAGAUUCCGGGCUGUCGUUGAAGCAUGCUCUCUUGAACCCGACUUUGAAAUGCUGCCCAAUGGCGAACACACAGAAAUUGGCGAAAAGGGAAUCAACCUUAGCGGUGGCCAAAAGGCCCGUGUCUCCUUGGCUCGUGUCGCCUAUUCGAACGCCGAUAUCGUCCUCCUUGACGAUCCCCUUUCUGCGGUCGAUGCACAUGUCGGGAAGAGUAUCCUGGAUAAUUGCUUGACGACUGGUCCGCUGGCCGAUCGAACGAGGGUUCUCGCGACCCAUGCUCUCUCGGCUUUGCCAAAAGUGGAUUACAUCUAUGUGUUUGAAAAGGGAGAGAUUGUAGAACACGGAACCUAUCAAGACUUGCUCCAAUCUGGUCCCCUCUUCUCCCGUCUUAUGGCUGACUAUGGAGGAACCGAAACGGCCGAUUUAGAUAAGAAUAAAGGAAAAGAUAAAGAGAAGAAAGCAAAGGGAGACUCUGCUGUCUCUUCGAAACCACUCAUGCAGGAAGAGGAUCGAAACACUGGCCAGAUCCAGUGGUUCUUGUAUUCUCUCUAUAUCACUGCCGCGGGAGGUUGGUUCUGGGCAAGCUUCAUCAUGUUCAUGCUAUUAGCCGAGCAAGCAGCACAGA